CAGCUGAGCAGGAGAACAUCUUGGUGGCUGAUGUGAUUGAGGAAACUUACGGCUUCUAUGUGAGACCUGGCCUGUCAAAUGUCUGAGUGCUGAGGGUCUCCUCUAGAGUAGCAGGAGUGAUGGUGCAGAUGAGUGUUUUAGCGUUCCCACUCGAGGAGUUCUGUAGAAAUAUGCGUUAGCCUACUGUCUAUGUAAGAGUAGUAGUGUUAUUGCAACCUUCUUUAAACCGUGCACCUUCAGCCCCUGUUUGACUUGCUCGCUCAGAUCCAGCUAGAUCCACUGAAUUAAAGUUAGACACAAGGAUGGCUCCUUCAGCAUUUUCACCUGAUGCUGGGUUGCUCUUUUCUCUGUAUUCCAGCAUCAUUUGGAAAUUGGCUGCUCUGCUGGUUCAUGCUUCACUUUUCAUAGUGCCAGUUCUCUUCUCCUCUCCCAAAUCCAGGUCUUGUGUAGAAAAAUUAAGUUUCCUCAGUCAAGUCAGCCACCAAUAUGUUUUUAUUGCUUGGCUGCACUGCAGCUAGGCUUAAAUAACCUGGGCACCCUCAGGUGUUCCAGGUUACUCUGACUUAGCUCCUGCUGAGUCAGAGAGACCGGUGAACAGCCAGACAGCACGGGUUGUCACGUGUAUCCGUCACCUUGCUGACCUGCAUGGCCAAAUGGUGUCCCUCCUCUCUGGCUAAGAUCAGCUCCUCCGUGCUGCCGGUAGUCCCCAGACUCGUCCACUCUCCACUGCAGUAGGGUGCAGCGCUGGCAGCCAUACUGGACUUCCUACAGGCACUGGUGCUGUCCAAAACCAGUAACUUGGGCUACAGAUGCUGACGUUGGCUCGACUGGCGUCUGUGUCCGGCAGCUGUUCUCCAAAGACUGGACAGACUGAUGGAGCCUCUUAAAGUUACCUGCACUACCAAGGUGAAGGCCGGUUCUGUGAAGCAGGAGUUUGAGGAGCUGCGGCGCUCGGCCAUGCGCGCUGUCGCCGCCCUGCUGGCCGUGCCCGAGGUGGAGAGGAGCCCCAGCAUGGCCGACUUCGCCAACCAGAUCAGAACCAACGCUGACAUGGCGUCAAUCUACCAGAGCGUCCAGGGAGGGGAGGGGGGUGGCUUAGGGUCAGCAGAGAGCAUGGAUAUCAGCUAGACUCCCCAGGUUUUGGUUUAUAUUUUUUUUUUUUUAGAUAAAGGCCUUUUUUAAAGAAGCACAAUGCUGUUCCACUUUCAUACACAAUCACAGCUGUAUUUUGAAAACUGGGCUUUUUAGUAUGAAUUUCCUUUCUAGCUAAAUAAAUUAAAUGAUUGACACGGUU